AUGUCGACAUCCGCUCCCGAAGGCACUUCGCAGAACGAGCACAUCCUCCCGCUUCCCAACAACCGACAGCUGCACUACGCAAGUGCAGGCAACCCAGCGUCUACUGUGGUAAUACUCUUCUUCUCUGGGUACUUCAGUGUCGGCAGCGCUACCACAUCCUCCCUACCAAAGGCUCUCGGCGAGGCACACUACAUCGCACCGACGAUCCCCGGCAACGGCUUGACAAGCAGCACGUCCAAGGGCGUCCCGUAUCACAAUAACCUGUGUGAAUACAUUACGGCACUGCUGGAUGAGCUCCAUCCUGCCGACGGCUCGAAAGGAAACGCCAUCACCCAGCUGUGGAUCGGGGGAGGCUCUUAUGGAACGGGGCCUGCGCAGAUGCUCUUCGGCGCUCCGUACGCCCAAUUCGCAUACGGCGCGAGGAUUUCCGGCAUGCUAGUAGCCGCUCCCUUCUCACCCUUCAAGCAACACAAGGAAUACACCAAGUCACUGACGUGGCCUGACUGGUGGCUGCCGUUUCGUCUGGUGCAACGCCUACUCAGCACAUUCAUGGCAAGUCGGUUGAAGGAUUUGAAAGGUGCUCGUUCGCUGCUGGAUAUGGCUCUGUUCUCGAAGAUGGAUGAACCGGAGAGACGGCAUCUCGAAGCAUUUGCACGAUCAAACCGAGGAAUGAGCGCAGAGGACUUCAAGAAGGAGAUGUCUGAGAGCGUACUCAAAUGCGUCGUCAAUUGGGAUGGCUUUCUAGAGGGCCCGGAUGUGCUACAUUCUGACUGGGGGUUUGAGCCUUCACAGCUGGACGUAGACCAUCGCAAAGCUGUCCUCGUGGUUCUUAGCAACUCGGACGACCUUGGAGCAGGAAUGGGUAAAUGGUUGGUUGAGAACUACCACAAAGCUGUCUUGAAGAAGUUUGAUGGUGGUCACAUCGCUGCACUCUACCAUUGGCAAGAGCUCUGGACAGACCUGGUGCACCAAGCCGGCCAUGACAAUCCGGAUAGAGGCUCUUGA